AUGGUUUCUGGCGCGGCUCACAUAACGGACCUGCCGCUUGAACUAUUAGAGCAUGUUAUGCUGAUUUCCGACCCCAUUGAUAUCGCAAGCGCAGCCCAAGCGUGUCGACUCUUCCGCGGCCUCGUCUACCCCGCUAGUGAUGAUGAACAUUUCUGGCGAGCUCUUUACUUGGCACAAUCAUUUGAUGACCCCCGGAAGGCUGUCACUUACCUCGGCAAUCGCCGAACUGACGUCAAAUGGAGGGAAGAGCUACAGCGCAUCAUCCGUGCCAGGACAGUCGUGAAUGAUGUUGCUGUCUGUCGCCCAGACGAAAGAUGUCAGGUAUUGCGAACCCUGCUUGACAUGGUCACGAACGUUCCUCCGCUACCUUUCCCUGAGAGCGAGCCAACGUCCCAUAAUGUGCUGUGGAUACAGACGCUCUUGCAAGACGGCGCAUUCCUUGAUCUGAAGAGCCAUUCGCAUGAAGAACAACAACUGCGCGCACGCUUGCACACAUGGUUUGGGCUGACUGAUAGAGACGCUUUGGCAACGAAGAGAGUAGAGUCUCGAGCAUAUGUGUACAGCCAGCGCAACUACCGAUCCUCAAACAAUUUUGGGCCUUUUUUGCGAGAUGGGAGUGGAAUAGUCAAUUGGGUGCAUAUGCAGCAGCUCGCGCAUGUUUUCGCGUGCGCGUUGGUAGAAAAGGAAGAGGAAGAAGACCCUGCAUUUGAAAUUUGCUCCAUGAACCUGGCUUUCUGUCAGGCUGUCAUACCACCCAGCCUGGAUCUGAAUCGCGAGACUGAUUGGGCUGGCGUCGAGGGCUUGUGGCGAAUCUCUUAUUGUUUCAUGGAUCACCGGGAGUUACUAAUUUACAAUGAUCUCAAUUUGCCAGAGGAUGAGCCACUCGAUCCCACUAUAUUCGAAGAAGAAGAAUUACAGGAGACAUUCAGUGCAGUGGACAUCUUUUUCCGUGUGAUCAAUGUUGAGCAAGACCCGGAUCACCCGACGCGGCCGAAAAUCAACUACGUAGGAGAGAUGGAUGGCAAUUUCACCAUUGUCGGCUACGUCAAACUCACGCCUGACGACCAAAUACGAUGGCACUUUGUCGCUGGGAAUGGAGACCAUCCGGUGUGGUGGUAUGAUCCUUGCACGUAUAUUCUUCAUUCAUUGAUCAUAUCUUGUCAAACAGCGGCGAAGCAAUCGUCAUGGGCAACUGUGCGUUCUCAGUAUGGAGUUCUCGGGGCUUGGUCUACGACAAUGCAUGAUCCGAUGGAUCCCAUUGGUGUGUACAAUAUCGUCAGGCUAACUUUCCAUAUCAGAGGUUAA